AAAUCUAGUGUAGUGAUGAUCUACACACUUCGGAGUCAGGCUGCAGAGGCUCACAUCCUGACUCUGCCAGGGCUGUUGGGGGAGGUGCUCCUAUUGGUUCACGGAGAAUUGCGAAUAGAGACAAAAGGUCAACAUGAAGAAGAUGAGACUGCGUUACAAGGCAAAAGGAGAUAUAAACGUGAAUGGGUGAAAUUUGCCAAACCCUGCAGAGAAAGAGAAGACAACUCGAAAAGAAACCCAAUUGCCAAAAUUACUUCAGAUUUCCAAGCAACCCAGAAAAUAACCUACCGAAUUUCUGGAAUGGGAAUUGAUCAACCCCCUUUUGGAAUCUUUGUUGUUGACAAAAACACUGGAGAAAUUAACAUAACGGCCAUAGUUGAUCGCGAGGAAACUCCAAGCUUCCAGAUCACCUGUCACGCUCUGAAUGCCCUAGGACAAGACGUAGAGAAACCACUUAUAUUAACAGUUAAAAUUUUAGAUGUCAAUGACAAUCCUCCAGUAUUUUCACAAAGUACAUUCAUGGGUGAAAUUGAAGAAAACAGUGCUUCAAACUCGCUGGUGAUGGUACUAAAUGCCACAGACGCAGAUGAGCCAAACCACCUGAACUCUAAAAUUGCCUUCAAAAUUGUCUCUCAGGAACCUGCAGGCACACCCAUGUUCCUCCUAAGCAGACACACUGGCGAAGUCCGUACUUUAACCAAUUCUCUUGAUCGAGAGCAAGUUAGCAGCUAUCAUCUUGUUGUGAGUGGUGCAGACAAAGACGGAGAAGGACUUUCAACUCAAUGUGAAUGUAGUAUUAAAGUAAAAGAUGUCAAUGAUAAUUUCCCAAUGUUCAGAGAAUCUCAGUAUUCAGUACAGAUUGAGGAAAAUACUUUAAGUUCUGAGUUGAUUAGAUUUCAAGUUACAGAUUGGGAUGAAGAAUUCACAGAUAAUUGGCUUGCAGUGUAUUUCUUUACCUCUGGAAAUGAAGGGAAUUGGUUUGAAAUACAAACUGAUCCCAGAACCAAUGAAGGUAUCCUGAAGGUGGUUAAGGCUCUAGAUUAUGAGCAACUACAAAAUGUGCAACUUGGUAUUGCUGUCAAAAACAAAGCUGAAUUUCACCAAUCGGUAAUCUCUCAGUAUCGAGUCCAGUCAACCCCAGUCAUGAUUAAAGUGGUGAAUGUGAAAGAAGGAAUUACGUUCCAUCCCGCUUCCAAGACAUUUACUGUGCAGAAAGGCAUAAGUACUAACAAAUUGGUCAAUUAUGUCCUGGGAACAUAUCAAGCCAUGGAUGAAGACACCAGAAAAGCUGCCUCAUACGUCAAGUACAUCAUGGGACGUAAUGAUGGUGGUUUGCUAUUCAUUGAUCCAAAAACUGCUCAAAUCAAAUUUGUCAAAAACAUCGAUCGGGAUUCUACUUUCAUAGUUAACAAGACAAUCACAGCUGAGGUUCUGGCCAUAGAUGAAAACACAGGUAAAACUUCUACAGGCACCGUAUAUGUUGAAGUACCCAGUUUUAAUGAAAACUGUCCAACAAUCGUCCUUGAAAAGACAACAAUUUGUAGUUCACGGCCUUCUGUGGUUGUCUCAGCUAGAGCACUAGACAAUAAAUAUACUGGCCCCUACACAUUCUCCCUGGAGGAGCAGCCUCUAAAAUUGCCAGUUGUAUGGAGUAUCACAACACUCAAUGCUACUUCCGCCCUCCUUAAUGCCCAGCAGCAGGUGUCUCCUGGAACGUACACCAUCUCGCUCACAGUUACCGACAGUCAGGACAGACAGUGUGAGACACCAGAGAGCCUGACUCUACAAGUCUGUCAGUGUGACAACAGGGACACCUGUGGAAAUUCUAACGGGCACAAAGACCCUGAACGCAUAGGUGGAGGCUCAUCAUGGAGGCUGGGACCUGCAGCCAUCGGCCUGAUCUUCCUUGGUCUUCUGCUGUUGCUAUUGGCCCCUCUUCUGCUGCUGAUCUGUGACUGCGGGAUGGGUUCUAUGGGGGGAGUGGCAGGAGGAUUUAUCCCAGUUCCUGAUGGUUCGGAAGGAACAAUUCAUCAGUGGGGAAUCGAAGGAGCUCAACCUGAAGACAAGGAAAUCACAAAUAUUCGUGUGCCGCCUAUAACUGCCAAUGGAGCCGAUUUCAUGGAAAAUUCUGAAGUUUGUAUGAAUACAUAUGCUGGAGGGACAGUGGUGGAAGGAGCUUCGGGAAUGGAACUAACCACCAAGCUUGGAGCAGCUACAGGAUCUGGGGCCGCUGCAGGAUUCGGCACAGGCACCGGACUUGGCAUUGGUUCUGCAGGACAGUCUGGAACGAUGAGAACAAGGCAUUCCACUGGAGGAACCAAUAAGGACUAUGGGGAAGGAGCAGUAAGCAUGAAUUUCCUGGACUCCUAUUUUUCUCAGAAAGCAUUUGCCUGUGCAGAAGAAGACGACACCCAGGAAGCAAAUGACUGCUUGCUGAUCUAUGAUAAUGAAGGAAUGGGUGCCCCCAGUUCUCCCGUGGGCUCUGUGGGUUGUUGCAGUUUUAUUGCCGAUGAGCUGGAUGACAGCUUCUUGGACUCGCUUGGCCCCAAAUUUAAAAAGCUUGCUGAGAUUAGCCUCGGGAUUGAUGAUGAAGCCAAACAAUCUCAGCCACCUACCCAAGAAGGCCAUUCUAGGAUUGAACCCUGUGGCUAUUCCGUAGACAUCCAACAGUCAGAAUCCGUUAGGGGCCAGCCUGUGCCAGGCAGUCAAGGAGCUUCCGCUUUGCCUGCUUCCGUCUCUGUUCUCCAGCCAGCCAUUGCCAUGCCUGACCCUUUGCAGCCUGGUAGCUAUUUGGUAACAGAGACUUACUCGGCCUCUGGUUCUCUCGUGCAACCUUCCACUACAGUCUUUGAGCCGUGUCUCACACAAAAUGUGAUAGUGACGGAAAGAGUGAUUUGUCCCAUUGCCAAUGUUCCUGGCAACCUACAAACUCCGGCGGAGCUAUGAGGGUCACAUAAUACGAUCAGUACAGAAGAUCCUUGUUCUCGUCUGAUAUGACCAGAAUGAACUGGAAUAAACAUAACAGCUGAAGAUAGAUAGUUGGACCAAACUAUUCAAAGUAGCAUAGCAAAGCUCACAGUAUUGGUCUAAUUGGGCACUAAUUUGGUACUCUCAUAAACUGAUCAUGAUUAGUUUAAAUUUUCUAGUUAAUAUCCCCAAACUGAACAUGUUGUCACUCUUACUUCUCAAAUACCAUUCAGGUGGUAGUAAAUCUUGAUGUUUCUCAAAAAACCUUAAGAUCGUAUUCAGUGGGAAAAUUUUCACUUAACAAUUGACAGAUUUUAAACUUCUAUUUGGGCAGUGCCAAUGAAAGGUAUCUGUCGCUUUAAAUAAAAUGCAGUGUGUUUCAGUGGAUUAGGCA